UUGAACUAGAACUAGACUUUCCUCUCUUCAUAUUUUCCUCCCCCGUUAGAGAUCUCAACAUUUCUUUCAACAAAAAUUCUUUCUCAACAAUGGGUUAUCAACAGGUGCACACAGGUAACUCGAUGGAAAUUGACCUGCACAGUAACAAUAUGGAAGUGGACCAGAAUGUAGGGAUGCUUGCUGAAGUUGUGACGCCUACAGAAGGUAUCUACCCAGCUCCUGCGACAACAAGUGAACUUACAAGGGGAGUGGAAGCUGUAGCUGAGGUCAAAGUUUUUAGUGCAACAAAGCAAGAUAAAUUUCCAGGUGCUGGCAGACUAUAUGACGAAGGCAAGCACUGCGGCAAAGUUCAGGACGAGGAAUUUGAAGAUGUUGGAGGCUUCAGUGUACAGAAAACACACGCGCCGUUGUACAAACAGAUCUGGUUGAAUUAUGGGCACAUUGCUACCAACCAAGUUCUUCCAGAUUCAUAUUAUUAUUCCCAAGUAGUCGUUGCCUCUGAGUUCAUGAGUUUUAUUGUGGAUAUGAAUCGCUACCCUCUCGAGGAGGUUUCUUCAGAUGUAAUUGACUCUUGGGAGAAGAAUGUCAAAGUAGCAGAGAAACUUGAAUUCAACAUCGGCUGGCUUCGCGAGCGCUUGGAAGAUAUUAAGAUAGCUUUUGCUGAGGAGAAGAAGCUGAAGGAAAUGUUAGCGGAGCAGGAUCAGGCAAAGGCACGAGUCAUUGAGGCUGAGCAGCAGUUGGUCUUGGCAAAAGAGCGACUUUCCGCCUUGGAAACUAGGAUUCCACCCCUACUCACUGCGAAGCAAAAUUUUCGAAACAAAUGCGGUAGUCCUUUGCUGCUUUUUAAUUCACCUGUCACGGCUCCGGUGCAAGAGGAUGCAAAUCUGAUUGAAGAACCUAUUGACGACAACAACUCAAAGACAGUGCCUUCUACAAGAACUGUAAGAAACUUAUCACCUGUAAAGGCUCCAGUGCAAGAGGAUGCAAUUCCGAUUGAAGAACCUAUUGAUAACAACAACCCAAAGACAGUGCCUUCUACAAGAACUGUAAGAAACUUGUCACCUGUAAAGGCUCCAGUGCAAGAGGAUGCAAUUCCGAUUGAAGAACCUAUUGAUGAUAAGAACUCAAAGACACUGCCUUGUUCAAGAUCUGUAAGAAACUUGUCACCUGUCAAGGCUCCAGUGCAAGAGGAUGCAAUUCCAGUUGAAGAACCUAUUGAUAACAAGAACUCAAAGACAGUGCCUUCUAAAGGAACUGCAAGAAAAACACGCCUAAUUUCUAGCCUCACCAUGUAGUCUGUAGUUAAUAGGUUUCCUUUUGGGUCUGAUGAUGCAGACAGAAUGGACGAUUUCCUUCUAAAAUCAUGUAAUAUUGCAUCAACCUGGUAAUAUUGCUGUAACUGAAUAUUGCUGUAUGAAUUUUAGAAUUUUACUGUAACCUGGUAAGGCGAUGCGUGUA